UUUCAGACUCGUGAUACGAUCGAAUUCUUUGAUAUUUUCAUCGACUCGAGGAAGAAAAACAGCAACUGUCUUGAUGUUCAAGGCCUACCAAAUAUUACUCACAAUAUCGUCCACAAAUGUACCAUAAUUACGCGAAGAGUACAAAGUAUAUGCAGUAAAUUAUGGAUGCUUACAAUAAGCAAAAAAGUAAAGGUUGGUGAGCUACCAAUUGAUCCUGAUAGUAUUAUCGCUCUUGCUUUGUACACGGUACUAGACACGUACGUGAUCGUUAAUAAUAUCGUAAGAAGAAGUGUACGAAAUCAAAAGUAG